AUGAGCAACACUGUAAGCGGUUGGCAAACGUCCUCCUGUAUUUCGGUAUUACUGUCACUAAUUGGCUACCAGCUCUUUAACAUAUUCUCGACAACUUCGGCAUCAACGCUGUCGGCUGUAGAUGAUGCUUCUUCUACUCACUGCUUUAGCUGUGCCUCAACCGCAUAUCUGAGCCUCUGGAAUCAACUAAUGCACCAUUACUUCCCGCCCAAAAAUUUUACGGAUCGAUGCUGGGAGCCGGAUUCGGAGAUCGGAACAGUGCAGUGCCGAAGUUCAUGCUUCAUUCUGCUCGAGGAAAUCUACGAACAUUGUGAGUAA